CUUUAAAAGUCAGCAGCCACGACACACUUGGCUCAGAGUGAGAAUCUUCAGGUGGACUGAGUGAAUCAGCGUGGAUUUCAGCAGCUGGCGUCCUGAUAUUCUCUCUGCAGGAGUUCACUCAGAGCUUCAUCAUGCACGUGUCCACUUCCUGGCAUGUGCUGUGUUUGCUGGGCUUUGUGGUCACAUCCUUCUGUUUGAACGGGCUUGAGUACGAGGACAACUACGGGGAAUACUAUGAAAACGAAAUUCCUCCGUUCCAGCCAAAGGAGGAGUCUCAGACUCCACCAUGUGAGAAUGCAGACCUCACCCGCUGGGACAAGCUCUUCAUCGCUCUGGAGGACUCUCAAAUGAGGCAGAACAUGCUGCUGGACUCUCUGGAGACGUGCGCUGGAGGAGUGGGCUCCAUCAAGACCCAGGUGGACAAGCUGUCCAAGGGGAACUGCAAGCAGUGCAUCCCCAGCAUGGAGUCCGUGUGCAGGGCACAGGGGGAGCAGGUGAGUGCCGGCCUGCAGCGAGGUCUGGGGGAGCUGAGGAAGGCGGAGGUGGAGAGGGAGAGGAGGUUGAACGCCACCCUGCAGAGGCUGCUGCAGAGCAGCCGUGAGGAGAGCACCAGGCUGAAGAGGCUGGAGGUGGCUGCAAGUGCUGCAGACACCAGGCCGGGACAAGAACCCACGCCCAGUCCUGGACCGUCACGAGUGUCGCGAGCGGUCUUCACCGCGGGGGGGCUGAAGUCGUCCGCACCUGGACAGGAAGUGAUGUCACAGCUGGACAUGGAACGAAGCAUGGCUGCCAUCGCUACAGAGCUUCAGAGAGUUCAGCUGCAGCUGAGCAGAGACUCCUUCAUCACAGAGGAGACGGAGAAGAAGGAG